UCACCCACCCCGCGCGCCCGCCGCCCGCCCGCGUAGCGCCUGCGCACACACCUGCGGCGAGAUCCAGCGGCGGCGGCGAGCUCCAACAGGAAGCAGUUUCCGGCGACGCACGCUGCCCUCACCGCGAGGUCCCGGAAAGCGGGGAGCUCCAUUUGCUGUCACCUGCACGCGAGCGACGCCCCCCGUGGGCCAAAAACCCUGGGAACAGCUCUUCCGAUCCAGUCCAAUAGUCCCUUCACAGCCCAGCUCGCAACCCUAGCCGCCAGCACCAAACGCGCGCCCGACUGCGCGAGAGGGCGACUCCGACUCCCAACUCCGCGACUCCGACUCUCCAGCGCUCCCUCCAUCGGUGUCGUCCCCGUCGCUGAGCGUCUGCAGCCCGCCGCCCCGCCCCUUCUCCUCGGCUCCUCGCCAAGUCGUCUCCGGUCCUGCCCGCAGCCGCCUCGGCGCCUCAAACCUCCGUGGCCGGCCACAGCCAGGUGCCCAGUCCACGGGCGCCAGCCGCCAGUUCUAGGUCGCCCCCGCCCGGCAGCCCAGGGUUAGUUGUGUAUGGAGCAAUGAAGUACAUGUCACCAGGGCAGAGAUCCCUCACUCACUGCUUCUGAUUCUGGGUUGUGGCCUCACUACCACCCAUGGCAGCUAGAACUGUAUUCCCCGUGCUGCGCUCCUCUGAGUACUUCACAAGGCCAUCAAUUGAUGAGCUGGUAGAGAGGGAGGUGGCUAAUCCUGGAUACUGCAGCAGGGUUCCAAACUUCAUCAUAGGGAGGGCUGGAUAUGGGCAGGUUAGGUUCUUGGGCGACACCGAUGUGAGGGGCAUUGACCUGAAUGAAAUUGUCAGGUUUGAAAAACACUAUGUGGUGGUUUAUGAGGAUGAGACUUGUAAGCCACCUGUAGGGCAUGGUCUUAACAAAGCAGCAGAAGUGUCCUUGCUGCUGAGUUUGAAGGAUCUUCCGGAGCCCAGUAUCCUUGUUGAGGUGCUAAGGUGUCGUGCAAGAAAGCAAGGUUCUAGGUUUCUUUCAUUCAAUCCAGUGAAUGGAAAAUGGAAAUUUGAGGUUGAUCAUUUUAGUAGAUUUGGGCUUGUGGAUGAGGAGGAAGAGGAUGCUGUGAUGGACGAGGCAGCUGUUCGGCAGCCAAUUACUGAAGUAAGAGAAAGAGACCCACCUUCAAAUGGUCAUGAAAUUGAGCUUUCCCAUUCAUUGCCUGCUCAUCUCGGGCUUGACCCUGCAAAGAUGCAAGAAAUGAGGAUGGUGAUGUUUUCCAAUGAGGAAGAAGAUGAAUAUAUGGAGGAUGAUGGGUUCCCUUCUGACGAGAGGUACGUUAGCAGAGAAAGGAUGAAUGUGGAUUCACCUACCUCAAGCGGUAAAGGUUUGAGGUUAAGGUCUCUCUCUCCCUUGCACAUGUCUUCUCAGAAGUCUGGCAGGAGAUCUGGUAUGCCGGUUCGGAAAGAACCUCAGGCACUUUUGGAAUACAGUAUGAAUUCUUCAGAGCUUGGUCCAUCGACUCAGGGUAUUCUUAUGUCUGGGCAAAACAGAGGAUUUCCAGUGAGUAUGACCAAGGUGGAUGGUUUUAAGCUGCCGGCUGACCAAGAAACUCCUGUUGCUGGAAACAUGUAUACUAAUUGUGUAGUGGAUGCUGCUUUAUUCAUGGGUAGAUCAUUUCGUGUUGGUUGGGGACCAAAUGGUUUACUUGUACAUUCAGGUAGUCUGGUCAAUAAUCCUGGAACAGGCUUAUCUUCUGUUAUUCACAUAGAGAAAGUUGCAAGUGACAAACUUGUGCGUGAUGAUAAGAGCAAGAUUAAGGAUGACCUAACAGAACUAUGUUUUUCUGAUCCAAUGGGCCUCCAUAAGAGUCUUGAUCAUGAGAUUCUGGAGACGGAGUCUGACUCGUUCAGAUUAAAGCUUCAGAAAGUCAUGGCAAAUCGUUUGGUUUUGCCUGACAUCUGCAGGUCAUAUAUUGACAUCAUUGAAAAGCAGCUUGAAGUCAGUGAUUUAUCUAUGUCUACGCGUGUGCUGUUGAUGCACCAAGUAACAGUGUGGGAGUUAAUCAGGGUCUUGUUCUCAGAAAGAGCAACUGGUAACCAGUUGGAGCCUGUUGGAGAUGAUGAUCAGGAAGGCAUGGUUUUAGACAAAAAAGAAGGCUAUGUCGACAUAGAUCCUGAAGCACUUCCUUUGUUUAGGAGAGCAGACUUUAGCAAUUGGUUACAGGACAGUGUUUGCCAUCGGGUGCAAGGUGAGGUGGGCUCCUUAAAUGAUGCCAGGUACUUGGAACAUAUCCUUCUUCUUUUGACUGGUCGACAAUUGGACACAGCCACAGAAAUUGCUGUCUCAAGGGGUGAUGUUCGGUUGGCAAUCUUGCUAAGUCAGGCAGGUGGGUCAAUGUCAAAUCGAUCUGACCUUGCUCAGACACUGGAUCAGUGGAAAAUGAAUGGUCUAGAUUUUGAUUAUAUUGAGGAAGACUGGUUAAAGGUAUAUAGGUUGCUUGCUGGUAACGUACAGGCUGCUUUUCUAGAUUCACCAAUUGACUGGAAAAGGUACCUUGGUUUGAUUAUGUGGUAUCAAUUAUCACCUGAAACACCACUUGAUAUUAUCAUUCGUUCUUAUGAUCAACUCCUUGGUGAGGGCAAAGUUCCCUAUCCUGUUCCUGUAUAUAUAGAUGAAGGACCUCUUGAUGAAGCGCCUCAGUGGUCCCCAGGUGACCAUUUUGAUAUCUCCUUCUACCUAAUGCUUCUUCAUGCCAAUCAAGGCGAGAAGUUUGGGCUGCUAAAAACUAUGUUCAGUGCAUUCUCAUCUUCAUUCGACCCCUUGGAUUAUCAUAUGAUAUGGCAUCAGCGUUCGAUUUUGGAAGCUGUUGGUGCUUUCAGUUCAAAUGAUCUUCACCUGCUAGAUUUAAGUUUUGUUUAUCAAUUACUUUGUCUUGGGAAGUGCCAUUGGGCUAUCUAUGUCAUUCUACACAUGCCGUAUCUUGACGAUGCCCCAUACAUUCAUGAAAAAUUAAUCAGGGAAGUUUUAUCACAGUAUUGUGAGUCAUGGAGUAGAGAUGAUGCUCAAAGGCAAUAUAUUGUGGAACUUGGUAUACCAGAAGAAUGGAUGCAUGAAGCUCUGGCUCUUUAUCACGAAUACUAUGGAGAUAAGCAGGGUGCACUGGAGAAUUUUAUUCAGUGUGGCAACUGGAAGAAAGCUCAUACUAUUUUCAUGACUUCUGUUGCUCAUUCUAUGUUUCUGUCAUCUAACCAUCAGGAGGUCUGGAAGAUCACAAGUUCCUUGGAGAACCAUAAGUCUGAAAUUGCUGACUGGGACCUUGGUGCCGGCAUAUACAUAGACUUCUACGUUCUAAAGAACUCAAUGCAAGAAAGAAAUGCCAUGGAUGAUUCGGAUUCACUCGAGGAGAUAAGUGAAUCAUGCAGAAAUUUCUUUGGCCGAUUAAAUGAUUCAUUGUUAGUCUGGGGAAGCAAAUUACCUGUUGAGUCAAGGGCAUGCUACUCGAAGAUGGCAGAGGAGCUAUGCGCGCUUCUCGUGGACACCCCAAGCGAGACACUGAAUCUACCCAUGGGAUGUCUUCAGACAAUGCUCAACGCUCCAGUUCCUGAUGAAAUCAGGUCGUCGUACCUGCAGGAUGCACUCUCCGUCUUCACCGAAAUUCUUUGCAGCGAUUCAUAGCAGAGUUCAAAUCAAACAUGUCUGGUGUUCAGAUUUGUCCCGUAAUCUGAGUGAAGGGGAGUGAAGCCUACAAGGCCAAAACACACCAAAGAGUUUGUACGUCUCAUGUGUGGUACUAGAAAAUUAGAAAUGUAUAAUCUGUUGUUUCCCCGGUGAACUAGGCACGCCGUGUGAACUACUGAAAACAUGUAUCUGGUUUUUCGUGGCAGAGAGUAGAGUACCAGGUCUUGUGAACUGUUGACCUGCGCGCUGUAUCUGCAUCCAAGUCCAAGGGGUGUUUUCCUCGGCUUAUUUUUCGUGUGAUUAUUACGGAAA